AUGCACCCGCCAUCCAUCUUAAUUUUCGGAUUCGCAGCUGUUCGUGCUGUUUUUGGAACACCUAUUCCAGUAAGAAAUAUUUUCUCUCACUUUCCCGCUUUAAUGAUUCAAACAUUCACUCAUAGCUAUCCACAUGAUGCUCGCGCAAUUUUCGUUAACUCUUCCAAGAGACUUCCUACAUCCAGCGGAAACAUUACAGCAUACGGUAACAAUGCCCAUAUUGAGUCCCAUCUAUCGAAACGAUCGUCGGAAUCCAAUGAAAGCAUUGAGUGUCCCGAGGGGUUUACGCCAAGGGAUGGAAGCAAAAUAGUCCCCUGUGUUUCUAUUCAUCUCAAACUGGAGAAGCAAAGCUGA